AUGAAACGGAGCAAUUCCAUCGACGAUUUCCAAAAUUUGUUUCAUCUUUGCCCAGUAGCCUGCCCUGGAGAUUCAGUUUAUUCUUCUUCGAACUUGUCGUUUUUUUUACAUCCUUUGUAUGUUAACAUUGCCUCAUUGAAGGUUUGGGAUAUUCACAUGGAAAACCGGCCAGUUGAGACCUAUACUGUUCACGAUCACCUCCGCACAAAGUUGUGCGCGUUGUAUGAGAACGAUUCCAUUUUCGACAAGUUCGAAUGCGGAUGGAGUGGUGACGACCAGCAUGUGCUAACUGGUUCCUACCACAAUUUGUUCCGUACAUACGCUCGUGGAUCGUCGGAGGCAAAAAUGUGGGAAGCGCGACCGCAAGAGCCGCAUUCGUUGUUACGGACGCGAAGAGUUUGCGGUGGCGCUGGUGCUCGUGCUCAGAGAGGUCGCCGACCGGUGGGAGAUCAGAAUAACGAUGACGAACUCGCCGCUGAUGCGCUUGACUUCAAUCGGAAAAUCCUUCACGUCGCGUGGCAUCCGAGGGAUAACAUUAUAGCCCUUGCUGCCACAAAUAAUCUUUACAUAUUUUCUGACAACUGUAUUUUCCUGGCGGUGAAGAUCCACACUUCGGUCAACUCCGUCGAGGUAGCCAUGGCUUUCAGUUUUUGCUAUCAGUCUACUUUACAAUGUCUUCUUUGUUAA